AUGUCAUGCUGCUGCCUUCGAUUAUUCAAAAAAAAAUAUCGCAAUCAACCUGAUCUAUCAGUCAGCCUGUAUAACAUAAAUUCAUCUGAUAUAUCUCUUCAAAACACCUUUGUAGAUUCCAAAAGACACCCUGAUGAAGAAAACCAAAUCAAGCAUUAUGAAAAAGGGAGCCUUUCUGCAUCAAAAGUUCAGAAAGAUUUAGAAACCCAAUUGCAGGACAUAUCAACUGAGCCAGAAGAAAUCAAUGAAGAGUCAAAAUUACCAGAUAAAACUCCAUCAAAUAAUAAGCCUGAUUUUGAAUCUAUGUUUAACCCUGGUUUUUCUAUAAUUUUGCCUUGCAGCUCUGAAGUCUUAUCAGAAGAAAAGCAUUUUGAACAAUUAUUAUCAUGAGAAUCAGAUAGAUCAUGGAAACUAAAAGUUACCAAAACCUUUGCAAGAAUUUACUUACAAAAGGUAUGAAUUAUUUAGGGCACUGAAGAAAAUCCCGAAUUGCCAAUGGUAAAAGCUUGUUUUGAUAUGGAAAUCAAUGCGAAUCCUAUAGAUUUAUAUUCUUUACUCUAUGAUGUAAACACCAGAAAGCUAUGGGAUAAAUCUUCUGUCGGAGAAUUCAUUGAAAUUUAUAAAACUCAAGAUGUUGUUGGAUACUACAUGCUAAAUAAAGCUCCCUGGCCUUUUUCUGAUAGAGAUUUUAUAGAAAGAAGAUUUAUCAGAAAAAGAGAUAACGGUGAUAUAGAAGUUUACUAUAGAGAAUACCCAGCUCAAGAUUUCCAACCCCCAAAAAGCAAAGCAGAAAGAGGAAGAACAUUAUUUGGUGGACAAAUUUUCAGAAAAAGGAUAUCACAAAUAUCAGGGGAGCCCACACUUUUAGUAACACUUGUAAGCCAAGCUGAUAUGAGUGGUAAAAUCCCAGCAAAAGCACUAGAAGAAACUUUGCCAAAUUCACUGCUUAAAUGGUAUAGAACAGUGAGAAAAGAACUUCUAAAACAGGUUUCUUUAAAUAGAACUGACAAAUAA